UGAGGGACGGCUGGGGCGGAUGGGAGUGUUGCUGAGCCCGGCCGACUGGCUGUAUGUGGGGUUGGAGCUGGCGAUGGCGGUGCUGGCUGUGUUGGGGAACGUGCUGGUUUGCUGGGCUGUGGCCACCAACAGCAGCCUCCGCACCGGCACCAACUACUUCCUGGUAUCGCUGGCCGUGGCCGACGUGGCCGUGGGCGCGUUCGCCAUCCCGUUCGCCAUCACCAUCAGCCUGGCGCUGCCCAUCCCGUCCCACCCCUGCCGCUUCCUCGCCUGCUUCGUGCUCGUCCUCACACAGAGCUCCAUCUUCAGCCUCCUGGGCGUCGCCAUCGACCGCUACCUGGCCGUCAGCAUCCACCUCAGAUACAGCGGCCUGAUAACCGGGAGGCGAGCCAGGCUGAUUAUAGCAAUCUUCUGGAUCCUGUCCUUCUUUAUCGGGCUGACUCCGUUCCUGGGCUGGAGCCAGAGCCAGAGCCCGAGCAAGAAGGCGGAUGUGGUGGGGUGCGGGAACGCCAGCGCAGCCCGGGGGUCCCACCUGCACCCGGCGGGCAGCGACUCUUGCCCCCGCAACACCACGCAUGAAUGCCACUUCUUGAACGUGGUGGACAUGCAAUACAUGAUUUACUUCAACUUCCUGGGAUGUGUCCUCACCCCGCUGCUCCUCAUGCUGGUGAUCUACGUGAAGAUCUUCACCGUGGCCAGGAGGCAGCUGCAGAAGAUCGAGCUGAGCUCUGUGGGGUCAGACUCGUCCAGGACAUUGCUGCAGAACCAGGUGCGGGUUGCCAAGUCCCUCUCCGUCAUCGUGGGCUUCUUUGCUUUCUGCUGGCUCCCACUCCACACCAUCAACUGUGUUUAUUAUUUCCACCCACGCCUCUUCCACGACAUGGGCUCGGAGAUGAUAGACGCGGCCAUUAUCCUGUCCCACGCCAACUCAGUGGGUAACCCCAUCAUCUACGCCUACAAGAUUCGGGAGUUCCGCAACACCUUCCGCAAGAUUAUUUCCCAGCAGAUUCUACGGCGGGAGGGCAGCAGUUACGAGAACGACACAUUCUAUUCCAGCUCACCACAGACACUGAAGGCACAGAGCUGUUGAAUGGACCAUGUGGAGACCAGCACUAUUUAUACGGGCCGUUCACAGGAGCUCCCUCCCUGUGCAUCAUCACGGGGAGAGGGAGGAAACUGCAGACAGAGCAAUGCAGCACAUCAGAGAAACUUAGCACCAGCUCCGACCCAACGCUA